AACAAAUUCUCACUAUUUUGCAUCAUCCAUUUUUCUCUCAUCAUCUGAAAUUCACUAGCUAGUUUAUUUUCGAUCUUAGAAAAACGUACACUAUAAUCAUGGGUGUCAUAACUUGCACGUUGGCCGACUUCGAUAGCGUUGUCGCCCCGAGCCGGUUGUUCAAUGCUUUGUCCAUUGACAGCCACAACUUCUUGCCAAAGGUUGUGCCUCACUUUGUUAAAUCUGUCGAGUUUGUUGAAGGCGACUCUACUACUGUUGGUUGCGUCAAAAAUAUCAACUUCCCCGAUGAGGCUCCAUACAGAUAUGUGAAAACUAGAGUGGACGAAAUCGAUUGUAAUAACUUGUACCUCAAGUAUACAAGCAUUGAAGGAGAUAUAUUUCCCGAUACGUUGGAAUGUGCCGUGUAUGAGAACAAAUACGAGGCUUCAGGCACCGGAACACACUACAAGAUGGUAGCACACUACCAUAUGAAGGGAGACAAUGUUAUGGAUGAAGAGGAAAUUCAAAGUGCUAAACAAGGAAUUCAAAUGAUGUUUAAGGCUAUUGAAGACCAUCUCAUUGCCAACCCUCAAGUUUAUGCUUGAAUUAAAUCAUAAUUAUAUUUUUAAGUUUUUUUUUAAUGGUUACAAAAAAAUGCUACCAUUAAUUAAGAACGAAAUUAUGUACUACGUAGUAUGUGCCUGUGUGGUGCACGUCUUUGUUUAUCUUCUUUAUUUAAUAUUUAUUUUUUGGAUUUGAAAAAAUAAUGACAUUCAAUUGGUGAACUGA